UAUAGUAGCUCCAAGCAUCCGCAGCAGAGCAGCUCCGUCUGCUCCUUCGUCGCUCCAUCCAUGGCGUGGCGCGCCAUCUCCUUCUUCUUCAAAACCCCGGCCCCCAAACCCUCCGCCGCCCGAAACCCUAGCCUCCUCGCCGCCGCCGCCGCCUCCCCGUUCUCCACCUCCUUCCUCAAGACCAAGCUCCCCAAGUCCCUCCGCAAGAAGCGCAAGAACCCGGAGGACUCCCCCCGCACCAAGCCCGUCCAGACCCUCCCCAACCGCCUCCCCGCCCUCGAGUCCCUCGUCGCCCGCGACGCCCGCUUCCGCUUCCUCUCCCGGUGCCGCGCCUUCCUCGCCCGGCAGCCGGAGCGCGUCCUCCGCCUCGACGACGCCGGCAAGCUCCACCGCGAGCUCGGCUUCCCCCGGGGACGCAAGGUCGUCCGCUCCCUCCAGCGCCACCCGCUCCUGUUCGAGACGUACCGCCACGCCGACGGCAAGAUGUGGUUCGGGUUCACGGCCCUCAUGGAGGAGCUGCUCGAGGAGGAGCGGCGGAUCGCGGACGCGAUGGAGGCGGACCGGGUCGGCAAGGUGCGGAAGCUGCUCAUGAUGUCCGCCGACAAGCGAAUCGCGCUGAGUAAGAUUCAUCACUGCCGGGCCCUGUUCGGGAUUCCGGAGGAUUUCAGGGAUAGGGCUUUGAAGUAUCCGGACUACUUUAGGGUGGUUGCGGAUGACGAUGGGAGGCGAGUGCUCGAGCUCGUGAAUUGGGACCCGCAUUUGGCGGUGAGCGAGAUCGAGAGGGAGUUCGUGGCCGAUGAAGAUCGGGCGAAGAAGGCCUUUCGAUUCCCCGUGAAGCAUAACAGGGAUUUGGAUUUGGACGCCGACGACGCGAGGAAGCUUAAUCUGUUGAACACGCUGCCGCUCGUUUCGCCUUACUCGGACGGGGCGAGUUUGGAUUUGUGGACUCUGGAGGCGGAGAAAUAUAGGGUCGGCGUGCUGCACGAGUUCUUGAGCUUGACGUUGGAGAAGAGGGCGUCGAUACACCAUAUCGUCGAGUUCAAGGAGGAGUUCAGCUUGACCAAGCAUACUUACCAGAUGCUCUUGAAGCAGCCCAGGACUUUCUAUUUGGCGGGAACGGAGAUGAACUGGGUAGUUUUCCUGAAGGAUGCUUAUGAUGAGAACGGUGUUCUGAUCAAGAAAGACCCGCAGGUGUUGUUCAAUGAGAAGUUGUAUGAGUAUGCUGAAAUGACGAAAAUGGAACCAGGAAUGAGGAUAUAGAUGACUGGAAUGAGUUAUGACAGUUUUGAAAUUUUGAGCAUUGGCAUUACGGCAGAUGGAGAGUAAGUCCUCAAUUUGGAGAUUGGAAGGAUGGUGGCAGAGGCCAUUCCCCUUCUGCUCUUGUGGCAGUGAGGACUUUUCGCUGUCAAGCUUCUGAGUUCACAGUAUACGCCGUGUAAUGUUGUUGAGAAAGGUCUUACGGACUGUCUCAUGGUGGAUUCUCUGUUUACUGGCAGAGAGAUCUCGACAAGUGAAGAGUUGGUAAUGUGGAUUAAGUUUCUUUACUAUUCUCCAAAUGCUCAUAAUUAAUGAGGAUGUCUUUAGGGGAAAUCCACAACAGUUUGGGUGAACGAUGAGGCUUGUAAAACUGCAGAGUGCUUCGCUGUCAAUCUGAUCUUUUGGAAGGCUGACCGGAUCAUUGAUUUCGUGUGGGGAGGAACAUGUAAUUGCCUUUCUUCUAUUCAAAUUUGAGCCGAGUUCAUGGCAUUAUUUCAGUGAAUCGUAUGGGGCUCAUCAUAAAUAAUAUGUGUCAGAUUGACUGCUCCAGUCUUGUACUUCUUGGAAUGCAAUUGUAACAACUUAGUGGUUUCAUGUAAUUUUUGUCAUGAGCUAGCAAACCGAACUAAAAUCUGUCUUCUCUUUUUGUCAGAGUUGUCAUAUGUAUACAGAGAUCCAAAGACUAAAAUGGAGGUUGUGCAUUAGUUGUAUUAGGUCCUUCAAUUAUUGCUGCUCGCUGGUCACCUGUCUUAUUCAUGUUUGUUAAUGUAACUCGUAAAUUACUUGGAGGAAGAUGAAGUUAUUCAGAAGGGGUAAGAGGUUCUUCCUUCUGCCGA